AUGAGUGUUAUCGGUGCCACGUCUCAAAUUCCAAAUGUUGGGAUCAUGUUUGUUAACAUAGCUGUAGUAGUCGCGGGAUCUCUCAUGUACCGAAUUGUUGUGCCGCUUAUCAUCAAUUGCUUUUUAGUGAUAUUUAUCAUAACACUUGUGAUUUUUGUUCAACCGAACGAUGACGGUGAGUAUGUGAUUUUAGACCGAAAUUGGUUUUACAUCGUCACAUUGGUCAUAAUAAUGCUUAUGAACCUCUGCAAUGGUGUCUACCAGAACUCGAUUUAUGGAAUUGUGGCCGAUUUCCCCGACAACUAUCCCAAUUCCAUCAUCAUCGGAAAUAACCUAUGCGGAAUUUUCACAAUUGUUAUGAGCAUCUUCACAACUCUCGCCUCUCCGGACAGUAUUAAACUGAAUGCACUGCUGUAUUUCUCUAUUUCUCUAGGGAUUUUGAUUAUAUGUGUUCUAUCACUCAUUUUACUCGUGAAACUGACAUACUACCAACAAGUUAUGGCGAUAGCAGAAUCCGCGCGAAAGGAUGGCAAUGCGGAGCGACCCAGUCUUGCCCAGUUUUGGGAAUGCUUCUCAUACGUGAGUUCACUACAGUACAGUUUUUUAAGAAGACUACUUUUCACGUCAGAACUAAUGUUAAUGUCAUGUACGUACAUUCAGUGCUGGGUUCAACUAUUUAACAACUUCUUCGUUUAUUUUGUGACCCUUACUAUUUUUCCUGCUAUGAUGACCGAAACACCGUACUACCUGGAGCCAGGUGAAACGUGGGGAUCUAUUUUUCCAGGUAAGGGUUCCCUCGUACACGUUUUGCGCUUUCGUCGUUGUCGGUGCACGUAG